ACGACGAAGGCAGUUGACUUGACAACGGACAUAAAAAACAUUUUAACCAACUUUUGCGUUAACUUUAAACUAUUUAAAAUAACUUUACAGUCCCCCGGAGCGGAGUGGGAGGAGUCAAGUGGCCGUUGCUCGGAGCGGUUUGUUUUCAGGGUGUGAGAACAGCUGAUCGAUCACGUGAUCAGCUGGCUGCUGCUGGGACUCGACUCAUGAGUGAAAGUUCCCGAAUACACUUUCCUCGGUUGUGGGUCGUGUGUUGUGUCUUCAGAGCGAGUUGUCCCCGGGGUUUGAGAUGGAGGGGAACCGGCAGGACUUCUACAUCGGUCUGUCUCUGGCGCUGAGCUCCAGCCUGUUCAUCGGAGCCAGUUUCAUCCUGAAGAAGAAGGGCCUCCUCAGACUGGCCAGCAAGGGCUCCAUGAGAGCAGGUCAAGGGGGUUACUCUUACCUGAAGGAAUGGCUUUGGUGGGCCGGACUAAUUUCAAUGGGAACCGGAGAGGCGGCGAACUUUGCUGCAUAUGCAUUUGCACCUGCAACCCUGGUGACGCCACUUGGAGCAUUGAGUGUUCUUGUGAGCGCUGUGCUCUCCACGUACUUCCUGAACGAGCGGCUGAACGUGCACGGGAAGGUCGGCUGCUUGCUGUGCGUCCUGGGCUCCACUGUGAUGGUGAUCCACGCCCCCCAGGAGGAGGAGGUGGUUUCCCUCACUUCCAUGGCAGAAAAGCUCAAAGACCCAGGUUUCAUUGUGUUUGCUGUGUGCGUUGUGGGGACCAGCCUGGUUCUAAUCUUUGCUGUGGCCCCGCGGUACGGACAGAGGAAUGUGCUGGUCUACAUCCUGAUCUGCUCUGUGAUUGGCUCCCUCUCUGUGUCUUGUGUCAAGGGCCUGGGCAUUGGCAUUAAGGAGCUGUUUGCUGGGGUGGCAGUGCUGAAGGAACCCCUGUUUUGGUCCUUAGUCAUCUGCCUGGUAAUCUGUGUCAGCGUUCAGCUCAAUUACCUGAACAAAGCCCUCGACAUCUUUAACACCUCCAUAGUCACGCCCAUCUACUACGUCUUCUUCACCACGUCAGUCAUGACCUGCUCGGCGAUCCUGUUCAAGGAGUGGCUGAGGAUGACCAUGGACGAGGUGGUGGGUACGAUUAGUGGCUUCCUCACGAUCAUCUUAGGGAUCUUCCUCAUCCACGCCUUCAAGGACAUUCCAUUCAGCCUGGAUUCCCUCCCGCUGUACCUGAGGAAGGGUCCAGGGUUUGCUUGGGGCCACCAGCCGUUACCCGGCUCCUGCCACGGCAGCCAAGCAUACGUUGCUAUGAAGCUGCCAUGAGAAGGAGGCCCAAACCAAAGAGCUCCUUAAUCCUGUGGUCAAUACUAAGAAAUGUUGCUUUUUGCAAUUCUAAAGCUUUAAUGCUCAAAUGUUUUACAAUGUGACAAGUUUGUUUACUAAACCUUAACUUCACGUCUCUCUUAAACAAUGCAUUGUGCACAUGGAGAAGAAAAGUGCCUUAAAAUUAACUUAAUGUUGCCGUCAACACACUGGAGUCUGUCAUAUGUAUGUUCAUGUCGUACAGAGUGGUACAGCCAUGUCUUUUUCAUUUGGUUAUUUAUUUAUAUCUAUGUUGCACUGCUGUGUAAAUUUGUUACACUAUGUUAAGUGGCUUAAACCCCAUUGUGCCUUGUUACUGAUCAUUUUAACAUAUUUAGGGUUUUGCACUUUUAACCUUCCUCAAAAUACUGUAUCAGUUUUGACCAGUAACUGGAAAAAUCUUCUUUUACCCUGUAUGCAUUCAAUCUGUUGUUUGAAUAAUUCUUAUGCGUUACUGUUAAUACCUCAAACAAAUCACACCAAAGAAUAUUCUUUCCCUGUAUGAAUUCCCAACAUGUGCCAAACGUGUAACACAUCUCCGGUGUAACAGUAGUUUUGUGUUUUUUCACAGUGCUGAUUAAAACAUAACUAUGACAUGAUUUGAGUGCAGUUUUACAAAAGAUGGACAAGAGUAUUUUGGCAUUUUGUUUAUUGCAUAUGUACAGUCCAGAACCUUUAAGGUGUUGAUCAAGCUUCUUGGUUCAAGACAUCAUUAUCUCCCUGUUGUUACAGCAGUGUGUGUGUGUUUACUUGUAUCUUUGUGAGGACCAUUUUGAAUAAAUACCCUAUGAAGGAA